AUCCACAAAUUAAUACAUACCAUAUGAAAUGUAACAUAUUAUACUGAAAGGAAUUGCUCUGAAUAUAUGUACAGAAUAAUACAAAAUGCUCAGAGACCAGGUUGCUCAAUCAGAGAGAAUAAUCUGGCAUGCUGACGGAGCCGUAGCAGCAGCGGUAUCUAUUCAGGUCCUUCACCGCGGGAUCUGAGCGCCUUAACUUUUCCCAACAAUUUAUCCGACAACAACAGUCCCUUUCAACGGAUCCGAAAGAGACAGAAGGGGGAACAAGGACAGCCGUUUAGCCACUGCCUCUUUGUGGAAAGCGCUUGGCUGUGGGUUUGUACUGUGUUUGAACCAAAGAGCAACCAGACCUGGGCAGUUUCUUGUACACACUCGAGAAAGAACACCUUUCACCUUUAAAGGUCCGUGCCAUCCAUCUUACCAUGGACUCCCUGCUGACAGAGGCCUGUAGAGAGAUCAGAAGCCUGUGCUGGAGACUGGCUCAAUCACACAGCCAUCUAUCCUCUGAACACAAAGUAGGCCUAACACGUAGCCUGGGUCUAUGAGUGCCUCCUGCCUUCUCUCUACCGGACUGGAUUUAACACAAACUGGACUGGAUUUAACAUAGACUGGACUGGAUUUCCUUUUAAGAGCCAUUUGAGGAACUAAAUUACAUUUUGACAAGGAACAAGCCAUGUAUCCUCGAGUGGUCGUAAGUUUCUUUUGGCUCCUCCCUCUCGCUCUGACGCUGGAUGCCCAUUCGCCACUGGACUGCGUUCCGCGUAAAACUGUACCCUAUCAUAGAGAGAAUGGUCGUAUGUUCGGUGAAGAGGGUGUGUGGAACUACUCCACCAUGCUGCUGAGAGAGGACCUGGGCCUGUUGCUGCUGGGAGCCAGGGAGAACAUCUACGCCCUGGACAUCAACAACAUCUCCAACAAGAAGUCCUCCGUAAGUUGGAAAGUGACAGAGAAGCAGCAGAAGGAGUGCAGCUCCAAGGGGAAAAAUCAGAUAGAGUGUCAGAAUUACAUCAGGGUCCUGCAUACGAUGGAGGACGGUAGGAUGUAUGUGUGUGGGACCAAGGCCUUCAACCCAGAGUGUGACUACAUGUCUUACAAAGACGGAGAGUUGAUUCUGGAAAACAAGGCAGAGGAUGGCAAAGGGAAGUGUCCCUUCGAUCCAUUCCAGAGAUUCUCUUCCAUCAUGAUCGACAAAACCCUCUAUUCAGCCACAUCAAUGAACUUCCUGGGUUCUGAGCCUGUGGUGAUGCGCAGCUCUCCCUCCUCCAUACGCACUGAGUUCAAGAGCUCCUGGCUACAUGAGCCCAACUUCAUCUCCAUGGCCCAGAUGCCAGAGAGUAGGAACAGCUUAACGGGUGACGAUGACAAGGUCUACCUGUUCUUCACUGAGACCGCUGUGGAGUACGACUUCUACAGCAAACUGGUGGUGUCCCGCGUAGCACGUGUCUGCAAGGGGGACCUUGGGGGCCAGAGGACCCUGCAGAAGAAGUGGACGUCGUUUCUAAAGGCCCGUGUGGACUGUCCUGUUCUGGAAUCCCAGCUACCCUACAUCAUACAGGACACCUACCGCUGGUGUGAGGAGGGGGACUGGAGAAGCUGUGUGUUCUAUGCUGUAUUCACAUCACAGUCGGACAGGGUGGACCUCUCUGCAGUGUGUGCAUACAGCGUGUUGGACAUCGGCAGGGUGUUCUCCGAGGGGAAGUACAAGACCCCGGUAACCGUGGAAACGUCCUUUGUGAAGUGGGUGAUGUACAGUGGUGCCGUGCCCUCCCCCAGACCUGGAGCUUGUAUAGAUGACGAGGCUCGUAACCAGGGAAUCAGUCAAACUCUGGACCUGCCAGACCGGACCCUGCAGUUCAUUAGAGACCGGCCCCUCAUGGACCAGGCUGUUCUGCCCAUGGGAGAGCGCCCCUUGCUGGUCAGGAGAGGCACUGCCUUCACACGCAUCAUAGUACACAGAACACAGGCCCUGGACGGGAAGAAAUACCAUGUCAUGUUCAUAGGCACAGAGGGUGGCAGCGUGUUGAAAGCGCUUAACUACGAUAAGGAGAUGUUCAUCAUCGAGGAAGUGCAGCUCUUCCAGCCCCGUGAGCCAAUCAAAGUCCUCCGUUUCUCCAACACAACGGGUCAGCUGUACGCAGGCUCUGAGUACGGUGCUGUUCAGAUGCCGUUUAGUAGCUGUGGUCGUUCUCGCACCUGUGUGGACUGUGUCCUGGCCAGAGACCCUUACUGUGUCUGGGACAGAACUACAGCCCAGUGUAUCUCCCUGUCUACAGCUAACACAGACAGUGAACUGAUCCAAAGUUUAUGGAUUGGAGACUUCUCUCUCUGCCCCGCCUCAGACCCUGUGAAGACUGUUAAUCAGACCAUGUGGCUAGGUGGCAACGUGAAGCUCCAGUGCCCCCCCACUUCCAACUUGGCAGAGACACACUGGGUGAAAGACUCCCUGCCCCUGCCCUCCUCAACCCGCAACCAGAUCCUCCGAGACAGCCUCCUUAUCCUCAACGCCUCUGCCUCUGACACUGGCCGCUACCGCUGUCUGUCCUUGGAGCGUUCCCACAGCGGGAAAUACACCACCACCGUGGCUGAGUACCAGCUUAGAGUAGGUCUAGAAGGGCUCUCACUCAGACCUGAACCCCGGACCGAGGGCCCUUCCCUGGCAGCACUGCAGGUGUCAGUGGCCUUCCUAGCGAUUCUGCUGGCUGUCCUGCUGGGGUGGAACCUGCACAAGGGACAUCUGCCCCUGCCUGGGCCCUGUGGGAGAGUGAUAGGAGCAGGGAGAAGGCAGAACCAAGGUGCCCCAGAGGAGGGGGCUGCUCACAUUGCCGUGGCCCACCUAGAGGUCUCAGAGCCUGGGGAGGCGGAGAGCAAGGCCCUGGUGUCUGGAGAAGGAAACUGCACCAGUAAUAACAACCACUCUACUGGGGAGGUGGCAUUAGGAGGGGGUGAGGAGGGGGAAGCCAGAGUUACUUUCCCCUCAUUGCCAUUCAUUGAUGAUGAAUCAGAGAUAUGAUCUUACUGCCAAUGGUAUUUCAGUUUGCUUUAUUUUUGGACUGUAUGCAGUCAGUAUUCAACGGGACUGAACAGUAUGCAGCAGAUAAACUGUGACUAGAUCGGACCAACACACCUGUAAUGUUUUGUACAAAGCGGUUGGAAGAGAACUGUAUUGUUUGUGAAACUAUGGUUGCGUUCUGCUGACGUGACAUCACUGACUGUGUCAUCGACUGACAGAUUGCUAUAACAUAUGUGGUUAGCUGAUGUUAAAUACCUAUCAGAGCGUUGUAAGUUCUGGCAGGCGUCAGCAAUGCCUGAGCAGAGGAACACACCCUAUGAUUCUGUUACCAGCCAAUCAGACCCAGCUUUUCCUGCUCUAGUGCUGGAUUGGUCAAGUUGAACUGUGGUGGAGGGGACUGGUUAUCAAACUUUGUUUAGAUUUACGCGCUCCUAAAGCAUUAGAAACUUGUGUGACCCGCUCAAAUGAACAACCAUCUAUGCCGGUAUCCAGCACCCACCUCUAACAAGCACUGAGAGAGAACUACAAGGAUAGGUAGGAAUUAUCCUAAUUAAAUUAAUAUGAUUGAUAUGACAAUGUUUUACUAUCUUGUUUUUCUCAGUGAAUCAUCCACUUUAUUCCAGAAUGUUUUGUUAGGUGGUCCUCUCUCUAUUUCUAACCUGUCUAAGUACAUGCCUUCUCAGGAUCCUGUUGUCUUUAUUAAAACUCUUUCUACUUUAA